UACCAAAUCGAAGCUCAACUACCACAAGAACGUCUGCCAUCAGGAGAAGCCUCAGUGCGAUUGCUGUGGGAAGGUGUUCGCUAAUAAAAUGACUCUCAAAUAUCAUCUCAACUCGAAGUUAACUCCUCAAGCGAAGCCGGCCAAGCCCAAAGAAAAAUUGUACAUACCUUGCAAAGGGUGCAAUAAAGUGUUCUACUCUAAGAAAAGCUACCGUGCCCACGUUGUUAUUCACGAUGGUCUAACGUACCCAUGCCCUAUUUGCGGCAAACUCUUCCAAUGGAAGCGUAACCUCGCUCGUCAUACACGGAACCACCGCGAGCGCGACGCGGGCAAUACGCACGAAUGCCGCGAGUGUGGAAAGACCUUUAGUAGCCGAGACUGUUACAAUAACCAUAUGAGACUGAGCAAGAAACAUGUGCCGGAAGAUGCCUAUGGCCACGAAUGCAGCUAUUGCGGGAAGAAAUUCGCCACAAAAUGGUGUAUGGUGGACCAUAUCGACUGGGAUCAUCUCAAACGAAUUAAAUACCAGUGUAGAGUUUGUUUUAAGGUAAGUGCAUUAAACGUUUGCGAAGGAC